AUGGUCAAAUCAUACCUCAAGUACGAGCACGCCAAAUCAUUUGGCACAGUUCUGUCCGGCUCCUCGAACCUCGUCUGGACAUCCAAAGACCGAACGGGCACUGGCGCAGGCCAGGCCAUCACGGCUGCAAACGAAGAAGUCUUGUGCUGGGACAUCAAAAAGGGUGAAUUGACAGGCAGAUGGAGAGAUGAAAGGUGUUCUUACCCCGUCACUGCCAUUGCGCAGAGCGGCGUGGACAAGGACAUGUUUGCCGUGGGAUACGAAGAUGGAAGCAUUCGUAUCUGGGACAGCAAAAUCGCCACGGUUCUAGUCAACUUCAAUGGACAUAAAUCCGCCAUCACGCAUCUCGUCUUUGACAAAUCCGGAGUGCGACUUGCCAGUGGCUCCAAAGACACCGACAUCAUUGUCUGGGACCUUGUCGCUGAAGUGGGACAGUUCAAGCUGCGCGGACACAAAGACCAGAUCACAGGACUCCGAUUCUUGGAACCCGAGUCCCAAGUGAGCGACGAAGAUGACUCUCUUCUCAAGCUCUGGGAUCUGUCGUCAAGGCACUGCAUAGAAACGCACAUCUCGCAAACGAAUGGUGAGUGUUGGGCCCUUGGCGUGUCUCCAGACCUGAGCGGUUGCAUCACGGCAGGCAACGAUGGAGAGAUGAAAGUGUGGUCAUUGGAUUCUGAGGGACUGGCCUCGACUGCCCAACGGGUGGAGGUAAACGCCUCCGCGCAAUUUCUGCAAGACCGGGGAACUCUGUUUCGACAAAACAAAGAUCGAGCAACUGAAGUUAUUUUCCACCCUCAGCGAGACUAUUUCGCCGUCCAUGGCUCGGACAAGAGCGUCGACAUAUGGCGCAUUAGAUCAGAAUCUGAAGUCAAAAAAGGUCUCGCCCGAAAGAGACGGCGAAGACGAGAAAAGCAAAAGGAUGCCAAGAACGACGAUGCCGACAUGGAGAAUGCAGAUGAGGCCCAGGAAGACGUAUCAAAAGCAGACAUUAGCGAUGUAUUUGUUCAAUUCGUCAUCUUAAGAACAGGCGGCAAGGUCCGUUCGAUGGACUGGGCUGUACCAGCUGGGCAAAAGCAAAUCCAUCUAGUGGUGGGAACUACUAACAAUCAGCUGGAGUACUACAAUGUACAGCCCAAGGAGAAGAGCGAAAAGAAAUCAAAGGACGAUAUCCCGGACUACACCAAAGCAUUUUCAGUCGAGAUUCCUGGACACAGAGCUGACAUACGAGCCCUGUCACUAAGCUCAGAUGACAAGAUGCUGGCAUCAGCAUCCAACGGCUUGCUGAAGAUUUGGAACAUCAAGACCCAGACGUGCAUCCGAACGUUUGAGUGUGGAUAUGCUCUUUGCUGUGCCUUCCUUCCUGGAGACAAGGUCGUCGUCGUAGGUACAAAGAACGGCGAACUGCAGUUAUUUGAUGUUGCCUCGGCCUCUCUCCUGGACAGCGUCGAGGCACAUGAGGGAGCUAUCUGGGCGUUGCAAGUUCACCCCGAUGGCCGAUCUGUCGUGUCAGGAAGCGCCGACAAGAGCGCCAAAUUCUGGGACUUUAAGAUUGUGCAGGAGCAGGUUUUGGGAACAAAACGAACGACCCCCAAGCUCAAGCUUGUGCAGUCCAGGACACUCAAGGUUUCCGAUGAUAUUCUUAGCCUUCGAUUUUCACCCGAUGCCAGAUUACUGGCAGUAUCACUUCUCGACAGCACGGUCAAGGUUUUCUUCGUGGACUCGCUCAAACUAUACCUCAACCUUUACGGACACAAAUUACCUGUGCUGAGCAUGGAUAUCUCGUAUGAUAGCAAGCUCAUUGUCACGAGUUCAGCAGACAAAAACAUUAGAAUCUGGGGUCUCGACUUUGGUGACUGCCACAAGGCCUUGUUUGGGCACCAAGACAGUAUUCUGCAAGUGGCCUUUGUUCCCCACAACUCCGAUGGCAACGGGCAUCACUUCUUCAGCAGUGGCAAAGAUCGAACCAUUCGAUACUGGGAUGGAGACAAGUUUGAGCAGAUUCAGAGGCUAGAUGGUCACCACGGUGAGAUUUGGUCCAUAGCCAUGAGCCACAGCGGAAACUUUCUCGUCACCGCCAGUCACGACAAGAGCAUUCGCGUAUGGGACGAGACUGACGAGCAGAUUUUCCUGGAAGAAGAACGAGAAAAGGAAAUGGAAGAGUUGUACGAGAGUACCCUGACGGCUUCUUUGGAGAAGGACCCUGAAGGGGGCGACGAGAAUGGCGAGGUUGCUGCCGCGGGAAAGCAGACCACGGAGACGUUGAUGGCUGGUGAGAGAAUAGCAGAGGCUCUAGAGAUGGGCAUGGCGGAUUUGAACCUGCUAAAGGAAUACGAGGAGGCCAAGCUCACGAACCCUCACGCCAUGCCUCCGCAGCGCAACCCGGUCUUCCUUGCCCUGGGCAACAUCACCGCCGAGGCCUACGUCAUGUCUGUGCUGCAGCGCAUCAAGGCUUCCGCUCUACACGACGCUCUGCUGGUGCUUCCGUUUGCCUCGGUUCCCAUCCUCUUUACGUUCAUCAACAUCUUCGCCAUGCGGUCGAUGAAUAUUCCUCUUACAUGCCGAAUUUUGUUCUUCAUGCUAAAGACACACCACAAGCAGAUUGUGGCCAGCCGGACGAUGAAGGUCAUGAUGGAUGGUAUCCGGACUAACCUGCGAGCGGCCCUGAAGAAGCAGAAGGAUGAGAUGGGAGUCAACAUUGCUGCGCUCAAGGUGGUGGGCAUGCAGAUCCGGGACAAGAGCGUCAAGGAGUACGUUGAUGAGACGUGGGAGGAGGAGAACAAGGAGCGCAGUGCCAAGAAGCGGGCGUUUGUACAUGUUGCCUAG